AAGCUAGUUGCGUGACAACCGUGACCGGUACCUUCAGUGAAAGAUAUGUCUGCGUUAUUUCAAAGGUCUCGAAAUGCAAUGCUGUUGUGGAGUAAACGCGCUGAUUUCGUUUCAGUGCGGUCCAUGGCCUCAAAAACGCCAGUUGGAUUCAUCGGGGUAGGAAACAUGGGCAGUCCAAUGGCCAAAAACCUUCUGAAAAAUGGCUACCCUGUCAUUGUCACUGAUUCCUUCCCAAAGUCCUGUAAAGAGCUGCAGGACAUGGGUGCUCAGGUGGUGGACUAUCCUGCAGAUGUCGCUGAGAAAGCAGAUCGUAUUAUCACCAUGUUACCGUCCAGUCCCAAUGUUAUUGAGGUCUACAAUGGCCCAAAGGGAAUCCUGAAAAAGGUGAAGAAGGGUACACUUUUGAUCGACUCUUCGACCAUUGACCCUGCAGUCUCUAAAGAAAUGGCUGCUGCUGCUGAGAAAAUGGGUGCUGUGUUCAUGGAUGCCCCGGUGUCAGGAGGUGUCGGGGCGGCCAGCUUGGCAAAACUGACCUUCAUGGUCGGAGGAGUGGAGGAGGAGUACAAAGCUGCACAAGAGUUGCUCACAUGCAUGGGAGACAGUGUUGUCUAUUGUGGACAAGUCGGAACCGGACAGGCAGCAAAGAUAUGCAACAACAUGCUUCUGGCAAUUGGGAUGAUUGGAACGGCAGAGACCAUGAACCUUGGUAUCAGGCUGGGUCUGGACCCGAAGCUGCUGACAAAGAUACUCAAUAUGUCGUCGGGUCGUUGCUGGUCCAGUGAUUCAUACAAUCCUGUUCCGGGUGUCAUGGAAGGAGUUCCUUCUGCCAACAACUACCAAAGUGGGUUUGGUACAACUCUAAUGGCCAAGGAUCUUGGUUUGGCCCAAAACAGCGCCACUAACACUAAAACAGCCAUCCCGCUUGGUUCCCUCGCUCACCAGAUCUACCGAGUCAUGUGCUCUGGUGGCUAUGCAAACAAGGACUUCUCGGCGGUCUUCCAAUUCCUUCGCGAAGAGGAGGGACAGUGAAUGGACUGGGAAACACACAAACACCAAAUAAUACUAGCCUGCGAUGCAAUUAACCUGACUUACCUCAAAACAUUAUCCCUCAUCACAGUCUAUGUUCCUAUGUCGUGGUGACCCUGGGUAUCUAGUGACUGAGCCCAUAACUUGUUCUUUAUUAUAAUGCUAAAUAACUGAUAUACCAUAAUAAUACAUCAUAGAUAAUUCAGGAAACCCGAUGCAUGCUCACAUCCAGUAUUGAAUUGUUCUCUGUAUUUUGGUGACUGGUAUGCACCAUCUUCCAGUGAUAGUCUGUAUUGUUUUUAGUUCUCUCUUCUUGUUCGAGUUCAUGUGUCAUUGAGACAAAUUUUCCCCAGUGGAACACUGCUGGUUAUUUUUGUACUGGAUCACAAAAAAAGUUUACUUUAAUAUGCAAACCAUCUCUUUUUGUCCUUGUGGUUGAGGAUACUGCUAUUGAUAUGUGUUCUAUAGCAUACACUGUUAUGCUUCUUUAGUUUUCACCUCGCAUUUAGUUCUACCUUUUGACAGCGCACUUUUGUAUAUAGUGUUGGAUAUGUUUUGUAGUCAAUUUUGCUUUCUAUGUGAACCAGAUACUGUGUCACUCUGUGGCAUCAAAAUAAAAUGUCCUCUGUGAGCAGUGUGAAUGGUUUGUGAAGAGGUUGUAGUCCUAAUCUCAUUUGUCUAUCAAAAUUUGGUCAGUAACCUGGAUCUGACAUAGCGACAUUGUAUGACAUUUUGAAGAAUCAGCUGGUUGCAGGACAUGCUAGCAAUCGAAAAAAUAAGACUUGUUCGAACUAAAAAAUAACGCUGCUAACUUCAAUUUCACAAAAUACGUUCAGAAAAAAUAUAUAAUUUACUUCUACGGGCAAAUACUGAAGCAUGGUUUGUACUUUAAAUCAAAAGAUAGGGUGAGGGAAACCCUGUCUAUUCCACUUUUACAUGAACUAAUUGGGACAAUGUUUUCUGAACUUCGCAAAAACUGGGAUGCUCCUCUCUCAAGUGCCCGUGCUCCCAAAAUAAAUGGAAAUUGUCUUUUUGGACCAUGCCCUAUAUAACGCAUUUGGUAGAUACAACAGCACAAUCAACACAGACUUCUUCUGUUCAGUUCUACAUUGCUCAGGGCCUGACUGGGGAAAAAUGGCAGCCACU